CGGCGGCCACACCCCCAGGGAGAGGCCGGGUAGGGACCGCAGGGCGCAGCUCUCCCAGUCCCACGCUUCGGCACAGGGCUCCGGCCGACACAGCCCUCCAGGCCGCCUACUCUCCAGCCAGCCGGCUCCACGGACCCACGGAAGGGAAAAGGGGCGGCGUCGGGGCAGCGGGACAGUCGUCGGAGGGCGCCCUCCAGGCCCAAGCCGCCUUCUCCGGCCCCCGCCAUGGCCCGGGGCGGCAGUCAGAGCUGGAGCUCUGGGGAGUCAGACGGGCAGCCAGAGGAGCAGGCGCCCGAGAAGCCCGGGGACAAGAUGGUGAAGGAGACCCAGUACUAUGACAUCCUGGGCGUGAAGCCCAGCGCGUCCCCGGAGGAGAUCAAGAAGGCCUAUCGGAAGCUGGCGCUCAAGUACCACCCGGACAAGAACCCGGAUGAGGGCGAGAAGGGACAUGGACAUCUGCAACCUGACAUCAGCUUGUACUCAUAUUCUGGGUUUUCGUUUAAACUCAUAUCCCAGGCAUAUGAAGUGCUUUCAGAUCCAAAGAAAAGGGAUAUUUAUGACCAAGGCGGAGAGCAGGCAAUUAAAGAAGGAGGCUCAGGCAGCCCCAGCUUCUCUUCACCCAUGGACAUCUUUGACAUGUUCUUUGGUGGUGGUGGACGGAUGGCUAGAGAGAGAAGAGGCAAGAAUGUUGUACACCAGUUAUCUGUAACUCUUGAAGAUUUAUAUAAUGGAGUCACGAAGAAAUUGGCCCUCCAGAAAAAUGUAAUUUGUGAGAAAUGUGAAGGUGUUGGUGGGAAGAAGGGAUCGGUAGAGAAGUGCCCGCUGUGCAAGGGGCGGGGGAUGCAGAUCCACAUCCAGCAGAUCGGGCCGGGCAUGGUACAGCAGAUCCAGACCGUGUGCGUUGAGUGCAAGGGCCAGGGUGAGCGCAUCAACCCCAAGGACCGCUGCGAGAGCUGCAGCGGUGCCAAGGUGAUCCGCGAGAAGAAGAUUAUCGAGGUACAUGUUGAAAAAGGUAUGAAAGAUGGGCAAAAGAUACUAUUUCAUGGAGAAGGAGAUCAGGAGCCUGAGCUGGAGCCUGGUGAUGUCAUAAUUGUGCUUGAUCAGAAGGAUCAUAGUGUCUUUCAGAGACGAGGCCAUGACUUGAUCAUGAAAAUGAAAAUUCAGCUUUCUGAAGCUCUUUGUGGCUUCAAGAAGACGAUAAAAACAUUGGACAAUCGAAUUCUUGUUAUUACAUCCAAAUCAGGUGAGGUGAUAAAGCACGGGGACCUGAAAUGCGUGUGCGAUGAAGGAAUGCCCAUCUACAAAGCACCCCUGGAAAAAGGGAUUCUGAUCAUACAAUUUUUAGUAAUCUUUCCUGAAAAACACUGGCUUUCACUGGAAAAGCUUCCUCAGCUGGAAGCUUUACUCCCUCCUCGACAGAAGGUGAGGAUUACAGAUGACAUGGAUCAGGUGGAGCUGCAGGAGUUUUGUCCCAAUGAGCAGAACUGGCGUCAGCACAGGGAGGCCUAUGAGGAGGACGAAGACGGGCCCCGGGCUGGAGUGCAGUGCCAGACGGCAUGACAUGGUGCGGGGCAGCGUGGCCCCACCAGACUAGCACAUGAUGAAUGUAAAGUUGGCACAAUGAAAAUGGCAUCGCUUUAAUGGCCUCGUGUUUGGGAUGUCCUGUGUAUGUGUUCAGCAUUCUUAAUUGCUGAGUGUCUUUUUGGUUUUGCUUUUGGUUGUAACUUAAGUUAUAGCUUAAUUUAUAUUUAAAUGUUUUAAGUGUAAAUCACCUCUAGUCUGCAUAUGGAGUCUGUUCAUUUCUAUUUUCAGGAUAUACUUUUGAGAUGUCAGUGAUUGCACAACACUUUGUGCUUCUAGUGGCUUUGCCAUAAUUCAGUGUCACCAAUAAAGCACAGCCCAGUUAGCAGCUUAGCCCCCUAGCAAACCCCAAGGCACAAAGUGGGCAUACUGGCUCAUCUCUAGGUCUGUGGUUUCUCCCCACUCCCUUGGCAGAGUUAUUGAGGGCAUGAUCUCAGGGCCGCUAAGAUAACAUUUCUGAGGAUUCUAGAUGAUCCUCUUAAAGAAUAAAAGCACAUCCGUGGAUCGGACAUGGCUGCAUGUGCCUGCUUAACAGGGCCAACUUAGUUCCUACUGUUCUGUGCCCUUCAGUGGAUGGAAUGUGAGUGUGUCUGAUCAUCUCUCUUGGAAGUUUUCUGAACCUUCCAAGCUCUGUGGUGAGGACAAACCAGUGUUUUGAAUCAUAUGCUGAUAACUGUUUGCCUGUGACCCUCACACCUUGUUCUUCAGGGUUUUAAUGAUUUUCUGUUGACAACUUUUGCAAUGCUUUCCCACCAAAGUGCUUACUUGUAAAGAAAACUAAAUCCUUGCGUGUCCCCGGCAGCCUCAGUGCAGGAAGAGAAGCCAAGGGAGAAUGCUGCUGGUUUGGCCAUGGCACAGCCAGCUUCUCUGACCAUAAUUUGGGGUGACUUGAGGGUCUGCAAAGGCAUAAAACUCCCCAGGGUUUUCCACCUCAUUCUCCGAGAUUGAGCUCCCUUCCAAAGGAUCGUUCCUCUCAUUGCACAGCCAUAUUACAAAGGGCUUCCUGCUCAAGUGAUGUUUGGUAAGAACUUCUCUGAGUUCCACUGUGGAUUACAGUUUGUAUGGACUACUACUGUAAAUUGUAGCUUGUUUGGAGGGAUUAUUAGUCAUUAUUUUAUUCCUGACAGGUAGACUACAAUUCGAACUUAGGGUUACCUCAGUCUUUGGCCAUUACUGCUUAUUUCUUGCCCCCAAGUCACAAAAAAACUUGUAAGCUGCUGGGUUAAAGCAGAGGCCACCUGUCAGAUCUACCCUACCCUUAUUUGGUUACAUGGCACCUGAGAGUUUCACGCAGACCAGGGAUCUUCCUUAGGAGGGUCAAAGGGCAGAUCAGACCAUGCAGGUAAGGUGAACCGGCUGCACGGACCAGGUUCCCGCAAAACAUUGCCAGCUAGUGAGGCAUAAUUUCACGGACCAGGUUCCCGCAAAACAUUGCCAGCUAGUGAGGCAUAAUUUGCUCAAAGUAUAGAAACAGCCCACCUAUGCCCACUUUGACCAUUGGUCAGGAUAGAUACAAAAUCACUUCUUCCAACGAAGCCUAUGUGAAAAUCUAUUUAUAAAUGGACCACAACUCCGGGGUGUUGUUUUUGUGCUGUGACUUCCUAAUUAUUGCUAAAGAACUACUGUUUAGUUGGUGAUGAUGGAGUAAAAUUACAUUCAGCUCCUUCUUGUCACGUAAGAGGAAUUUGGAGGGUGUUGCUUAAAAUUUUAUUCCACCUGUACAUUUGUCACUUUAAAAUUAAAAUUGAGCUGGUAUGAGAGACAAGUGGCUUUGCUUUUUCAUUUUUUUGAGAGCUCAAAUAAACAGUGUUAAGUGCCA